AUGACUAGUUCAAAGAUCAACCUCCCUGACGACAUCCUCUUUUCCAGGCUCUUGAAGCUGGUGCGCGAAUAUCAGGACCAGACUAUUGUUGACGACCACAGUCACGGUACACAAUUUGGUUAUCGUCAUGUCCUCGACGGCACCUCAAGACUGCUACAGAAGCUACAAACCCUUCAUGGAUAUACCCCAGAACAUUCGGGAGACUUUUUCAUUGCUGUUCUGGCUCCAAAUGGCUAUGAGUUCAUCAUCGCCGUUCUUGCUGUGCUGGCAUUUGGGGGAGUGGUUGUUCCUAUGCCUACAGGAGCCCUUCCCACUGAGGCAGCUUAUAUGCUCCAGCAAUGCAACGCACAAUACCUGCUCGUCGGCCCCGAGCAAAUUGACCUCGGUGAAAGAAUUCAAGCUGAACUCGAGAUAUCCACCUUGACCAUUGAAGGCCAGGUUCAGAUCGAUGCACUACCACCGACAACAGCAUAUGCCCUCACUCCAACCAUGGCGGUAUCUGAGGACUAUCCCAGCAUCUUGUUCUUUACUUCAGGCACAACUGGACCCCCAAAGGGCGUACUUCAUGCCCGCAAAACUAUCAAUAAGUAUGCGCGAAUGGCAGAAGCAGGACUCAAUGAUGACAUUUGUCUCAUACCCAGCGGAGCUUUUUGGUCCGUCUACUUUACAAAAGUCUUCCAAAUGCUCCUCACAGGCGUUCGUAUCGAAAUUCAAAAUUUCGGUCGACAGUAUAACCUGAUAUGGGAGAGGUUCCGCGCCAAGACGGCCACCAAGAUUGUUCUAUCUCCAACCUUUUGGUAUGGUAUGAUGCAUUACUUUCAGCAGAACAUCUCACAAUUACCUGAGACCGAGGUUCAAGAGUACGUUGAAGGGGCUAGGCAUCUUCGUGACGCUACUGCGACUGGAGCUAUGCCUUCUAAGAGGCUGAAGGAGUUUUGGCGGGAUGUCCGUGGUGAGAGGGCAUUGAAGGUUCUGUAUGGAUCUACGGAGACUCAAGAGAUCUCGGUCUGCGAUGGAGAGGUGGAAUUCACUGAGAACGACCUCGGAACACCUCAACCUGGCGUCGAGGUCAAAGUAGAUGGCUUCGAAGGAGAACUUCUUGUCAAGACGCCGUCUUUGUUUCUUGGUUACCUGAACAGACCGGAAGAUUCAGCGGAGCGUUUCGACUCCGAAGGGUUUUUCAAGACGGGAGAUCUCGUUAUCCGUCGCGAUAAGAAGCUCAUCUUCCAAGGAAGGGCUAACAUGGACCUAUUCAAGUUCUACACCUACAAGGUUCCCCGCAUGCAAGUCGAAGCAUUUCUCACAGCUCUUCCAUACAUCCUGGAGGGAUACGUCCUCCCAGUUGCAGAUCCACACUGCGACACCCGUGUUGCCUCCCUUGUCCGACUCCGUGAAGGUGCCGGAAAGGUCAACUUGGAGAGAAUCAGAAGCGACUUGGAGAAUGAACUCCCGGCCUAUCAGCUUCCGACAGUGCUUCGUGUGCUGAAACAUCAUGAAGAAGUUCCACGGACUUGGUCUGGCAAACUUGCGAUGAAGAAAGUGGUACAAAAGUUCUUUCCGCAGGAUAGCAAUGAUCGUCUUUAUGAUGAGGCGACUGAAGUCUUGGAUGUUAGUGAGUUCAUGCGGGCCAAAACCUCCAAGUUAUGGGAUUUGUCAGGAAUGCGGCAGUAG